UGGAGACAGUGCGUGUGGUUGCGUGUGUGCGCGGGCGCUGGGGUGGGGGUACACGGUGUCUUUCAGCACAGUCUUCAGAGAGCUCCGGAGAGGACAGUGUGGAGAGGAUGUGGUUGUUUUUGCGCACCAGCUCAGGUUUACCUUUCCACGUUGCUACUUCAGCUGAUUCUCCCGAUCCCUUGGUUCGCCUUUUCACUCAGUUUUAAGCGCCGGGCAUACUCUAUAUUGGACUGACUGGGACUUCUGCUGUAUUUUUUUGUGGACUGGCAGGUUUUCGCGGGUGAAACCGUAAAUUUGUUCCCGAGGCAUUACAGCCGAAGCGACAUGAGCGCAGGAAAACGUCCGAGCCUCAGGAUGGACGUACCUGUUAUCGUUUUGCUGAUCCACUUGACUCAUACUGAGAUAAGAGCGCUGCUGGCCAGCCGAGCGGGGGUCGAGUCUGGAUGCCCCCUCGGCCAGUUUCCAUGUGGGAACAUGAGUGAGUGCCUCCCACAGGCUUUGCAGUGUAAUGGACACAAAGACUGUCCCAAUGGAGCAGAUGAGCGGCGCUGUGGGGACAACAUCGGAUGGGCGGACUUAUUCGGUCAGACACUACAGAAUGCCAAUCCUUUGGACCAGUACCUCCUGAAUGAGUGCUCUUUGCAGGAGUAUCCAGAGAGUUGUGACUGCAUACAGACAGACGUCGAGUGUGUGGAGGUCAACCUGCUGGAUGUUCCUCUGCUCUCUCCAAAUGUUACCUGGCUGUCGCUGAGGAGCAAUCAGAUCCGAGUGUUGUCUGAUUUUGUUUUCUCAGAAUACUCUUCCCUAGAGAGACUGUUUCUGCAAAACAACAGCCUCCAGUUCAUAUCUAAACAUGCCUUCAGCGGCCUUCACAACUUAAAGAGGUUGUUUCUCAGUGAGAACUUGAUAUCCUCCCUGAGUCCUGGUGUGUUCAGGGAUCUCCAUCAGUUAGAGUGGCUGAUGUUGGAUCAUAACCCGCUAACCUUGUCCCAGGAUACCUUCCUUGGGCUCCAGUCUCUCAUGUACCUAUCUAUGGUGGACACCGCGCUGCAGCAUCUUCCUCACCCGAGCUUCUGUCAACAUAUGCCUUCCUUGGACUGGCUGGAUCUUGAGGGUAACCAGAUUCAAACUCUCAACCACUCCAUCUUGAACACCUGCAGCAAGCUUGAAGUUCUAUUACUGAUGGACAACAGAAUCAGAAGCCUUCCUGAAAAUACCUUCCAGUCUCUGGGGAAACUGGCUGAACUGAAUCUGUCCAGCAACAGGAUAAGGGAGCUGCCGAAAAACACCUUUAAGAGCCUCUCCAAGUCCCUUCUUAAACUAAAUAUUUCCUUCAAUCCCCUUCUCAACAUUCACCCCAGCCACUUCAACCACCUGAUACAUCUUCAGUCUCUGGCGCUGGAGGGGAUGGAGAUCCCAGAUAUUCAGGCGAAUAUGUUCCUGCCUAUGAAGAACCUUUCCCAUAUCUACUUUAAGACGUUCCAGUACUGCUCCUAUGCACCUCAUGUCCGGUCCUGUAAACCCAACACAGAUGGUAUCUCUUCCUUUGAAGACCUGCUGGCUAACAUGGUGCUGCGGGUGUCUGUCUGGGUCAUGGCUUUCAUCACCUGCUUUGGUAACCUUUUAGUGAUCGGCAUGAGAUCACUGAUAAGAGCAGAGAACAACCUGCAUGCUGCCUGCAUCAAAGUCCUCUGUUGUGCAGACUGUCUCAUGGGUGUGUACCUGUUUUUUGUUGGAGUGUUCGAUGUAAAAUUUCGUGGGCAGUACAAUCGUAACGCCCUGCUCUGGAUGGAUAGUGUGGAGUGUCGGACCAUUGGAUUCCUGGCCAUGCUCUCCUCAGAGGUGUCUGUCCUCCUCCUGACCUACCUGACUCUGGAGAAGUUCUUGGUCAUUGUCUUCCCCUUCAGCAAUCUGCGCCCAGGCAAACUUCAGACUGGGGUGAUCCUGGCUUCUAUCUGGCUACUGGGGUUCAUUAUCGCUGCCGUGCCCCUAAUGAAUGAGGACGUGUUUGGAAACUACUAUGGACGUAAUGGAGUCUGUUUUCCCCUGCACUCUGACAGGCAAGAAAAACCUACCGCCAAAGGAUAUUCCACAGGGAUUUUUCUGGGUCUAAACCUGGUGGCAUUCCUGGUGAUCGUCUUCUCCUACUCCAGCAUGUUCUAUUCCAUCUAUAAAACUGGCAUCAACGCCACAGACGUGAGGAGCAGACUGCACAGAGAUGUGGCUGUGGCCAACAGGUUUUUCUUCAUAGUGUUCUCUGAUGCCCUCUGCUGGAUUCCCAUAUUUUUGGUGAAAGUCCUCUCACUAAUGGAGGUGGAGAUACCUGGCACUAUCUCCAGCUGGGUAGUCAUCUUCAUCCUCCCCAUCAACAGUGCCUUGAACCCCAUCCUUUACACCUUGACCACCAGCUUCUUCAGAGAGCAGGUGGAACUCUUACUCUGUCGCUGGCAGAGACGACAUGUCUUGAAAAAAGACCGCAAAAGCCUCACCUCCACCACAAUGUACAUGGAGGCGCAAAGGUCUCAUUGCUACCAGACCCCAGCCUACCUCCAGCGGGUGUCACUGACCGCCGCAGAUCCCCGCUACGCCUGAGGGAGGCCCGGAGCUCUCCUGGCCGCUUUGUAAACUACGGGUCGAGGGCCUAUUGCUGAUUACUUCUUUAGGCUCCUACAUGUAGCACUAGCAUGUUUUGCCAAGACUGACCUCCUGGUGGACCAAGAUUAACAAUCAACCUCAUCAUGCUCUGACACGUGUAAAAAUGACCAUAAUUAGAUGCUUUUGUGCCAAGUAGUUUACGCUUCUCGCACCCCCCCCCCAUGCAUCCACACAGGAAGCACUUUCGGGUUCCAGUGCUCUAAGUCACUACGACAUGUAGGCAUGAGGAGCCAAGGAUCCAACCACCAACCGCACGAUUAGCGGAUACUACUGUACUUCUAGAGCUACAGUCACUCCGAUGCUUGCAUGCUUAUGUGGCUAUACAUUUGAUAUUGUUCCAUGAGAGGAUAUAUAAUUGGACUAACAAAGAAGAGGAGAUAAAUGAAAGAAUAAAUACCAGCAUAAUUAUACUGUACAUCUCAAUGCCACCCUGAGGACGAUCACAAUGGACUUUCAAUGUCUUAAGCAAGAAAAGUAUCUCACAUAUGUCACUUUUUACUUAAAUGACCCUUUCGUCAGAUGAUUGAGCUCGAGCAGGAGAGGACGCUGGGAGACAUGCAGCCAAAUAUCUCCCUUAUCUCACAGACACUGUUUUUCUAUGGAGUGACUUGAGGGCGAAGCUCACAGAUGUAAUGCUCAUCAGACGCUGAGCUGGGAAGUGGGUUCAAGGAUUAAUGUUUUCACUCAAAAAACAAGGAAUGACUCUUGGAGUGCACAAAGUGUAGCACAAACAUGGUUUAUGGAAUCAUAAUGCAGUUGUAUUCAUUUUCAUUUAAUGUGCACAAAAAGGAACACAGAUUUCAGAUUUCAUCUACCACUUAAACUGCAGUGCAAAGUCAAUUUUACAUGUCAUUUUGAUAUAUUCUAUGACACAAUUUAGAAGAAAAUUAAUAACACAAUUCAAGGUGUUCAUUUGUUAAGCUCUCUGCUUAAAGCCUCUGUAUUUCUGCUCUCUGCUCCCUGUUUUUGCUUUUGUUCUCUUUCUGGUAAUUUGUCUUGAUCAGUUGUUGAUUGGCUUUCCUGAUUAGUGAAAUGUGAUUUCCUUCUGUAAUACCCCUUUCCUAGAACCUCCUCUUCACAGAAAGGUAGAAAUGAAGGAGUGAAUAUGGAUUUUAGCAUAUUGUACAAAAUAUUAAAAAAAUGUCACAAAUGUUAUUUAUUUUAUGCAACAAAUCUAAAAAAUAAAACGUUUAAUAGCACAUUAAAUAUUGCUAACCAGUCAAUGGGAGAAAAACACAAGAAAGAGACUCAACCGUCGACAAUCACUGAAUGUUUUGCAUCAGUUGUGUAGCAGCGGCUAACUUCCUGCUCUUCACUGACCGUAAUCUGACGCCCAUUUUUGCCAUAUUUUCUAUGUUGUUUUGGUAUAAUAGGUGUCAUAUGAUUUUUUCCCCCUUGUUGGUUACAUGCCAUUUUGUAUUGUGUACUCUAUCGGCAUGGACAGUAUGUGCUCUCACUAAUUAUGAAUCUGAACCAAAAUAAUCUUGAUACCCUAACCCCCUUAAUAUGUGACUGACCUGGACUGGAUUAAAACAUUUGGUUGUCACAUUGCAUUUAAUACAUCCAGUCCUCAUCCAAUACAUGAGACAUUUGUUUAAUUCAGUUUUGUUUUCAGUGUGCUUGUCAGACGUCACCUGAACUAUUUUGAACUUUGGAUCAUGUUUCUAUUUAUACUUUUUUAUACUGAUAUAUAACAUGCCUAUGUUUUUGCUCUCUUUAAACAGUUGCUUAAAUUCAAUGACAGCUAUCAACAUCCAGAUAGUGGAAAAAGACGAUUGUACAUACAAGUUUCUGCAAAACAUACAAAGCAGUGGAACCUCCUCUGAUGAAAUAAGGAUUAUCAUUUCCUAUUGUUACUGUCCUGUUGUACCGUCUUCUCUGUGUAAGUUCUGUAUAUCAUUGUGUUUUUUGGAGUCUGGUUGGUGAAUUUUGUGUUUAUUGGUUUCCCCUUGGAAAUGGCUCUUUGACAGAAAUAAUAAAAAGACAACAACAAUA